GAAUUCCUUGCGCAGCCAGCUAACACGCUAUAGCUGUUACGCAAUGGCGUUUCAAAGGUUGUGAAAAUGUGUGACUUAUCAUCAGAGAGCGGAGGAGUUAACUCUAAAUUGUGAGGAGGUGACGUCCAGGCAGAGAAUCAUAAUCAUGAACUGCUGACAUCUGGUGCCAGAUUCAUCACCAUGAGUGCGGUGGCACUGGCUAUUGUGGUUGUGGUCGUCUUCUGCCUUGCAUUCUACCUCCUCCAGCACUAUGGAGACAUAUGGAAGCAGCAGUGGAUGGUCCUGUUUGGGACUCUGUUGUCUUGGUACCUCUGCUUUCUCAUAGUCUUCAUCCUGCCAUUUGAUGUCAGCACGACCAUCUACAAACAGUGUGUGCGCAACAACUCUUCAAAUCCAACUCCUGCUAACCAAUCGCAACGACUCAAUCAGUCAAAAAAUGGCAAUUUUUAUUAUGAAAAUGUGAAAGUGGCAAAUGUGUGCCAAGAACCAUGGAGUUAUAUUCCAGAUGGAAUUCUGCCUGUCUUCUGGAGAGUGGUGUACUGGACUUCUCAGUUUCUCACUUGGUUGCUGUUGCCCUUCAUGCAGUCCUACGCACGAUCUGGAUCUUUUUCAGUGGUUGGGAAGAUUAGGACAGCCCUUAUAGAAAAUGCCAUCUAUUACGGCUCCUACCUGCUUAUCUUUAUUUCUCUGAUUGUUUACGUGGCUGCACACCCAAAGUGGAAACUCACAUGGACUGAGUUCCAGACUAUUGGCAUAACUGCUGCCAACACUUGGGGUCUGUUCCUCCUGGUGCUGCUGUUAGGCUAUGGCUUAGUGGAAAUCCCACGUUCCUAUUGGUUUGCGUCAUCCAAUGGCUACAUGCUGGACAAGACCUACUUUAAAGUGGCGAAGGUGGCUAUAGAGAAAGCCGAGGCUGAGGAGCACUUGGCUGAUGUGAUGGAGGAGGUUGCAGUCGUUCAUCGCUCAACACGGGCCACUAACUGCCUCAGGAAGUAUGUGGAUACCAUUUUGACUAAGUGUCCAAGUGAAUACCUGGAGGAGAUGAGAAGAGAUGUGGAACCCUCGUCUGGGGACCCUGAUGUUCUCGCCAACAAAGCUGGACUGGUUAAGAUGCAUGAAAAAGUGAUCACAGCAGUGCAGAGACACAGACAGACGCAGGUUCAGUGGUCGAUUUUGGUGCACCAGGCUUUCCAUCUGGAGGAUGUGGCAAAGAGCCAAAGCAGCCCGACCCGUUUCUUCGUCCGAAGCUCGUCAUCAUCACAGCAACAACGCGGUUGCUUCCGUAGCUCCAUCUACACUCCAAAAGUUGAGUGGUACUGGGAGUGUGUGUGCCGGCAGUACUUCUACAGGGGGUUGGCGGUUCUGUUGUGCCUCCUCUCGGCAGCUGUGGUGUGGUCUGAGUGCACUUUCUUUAGCACAAACCCCGUCCUCUCCCUCUUUGCUGUCCUCAUUCAACUCGCUGAAAAACACUACAAUUACAUUUGGAUCGAGGUGGCGUGCUUCAUCAGCAUCCUCUUCCUUUGCGUAUGCGUCUAUUCCACUGUGUUCCGGAUCCGUUUUUUUAAUUACUACUACCUGGUGCCUCAUCACCAGACUGAUGCAUACAGCUUGCAGUUCAGCGGCAUGUUGUUUUGCCGUCUAACUCCUCCUCUGUGCCUCAACUUCCUGGGUCUGAUCCACAUGGACUCUGCCAUCUCACAUCAGGAUAAAAUCCAAACUUCGUACACGACGAUAAUGGGAUCAAUGCAUCUGCUGUCUUUCAUUUCGGACGGCUUCUACAUUUAUUAUCCCAUGUUGGUGUUGCUGCUCUGCUUGGCAACUUUGUAUAACCUUGGCUCUCGCUGUUUGAACCUCCUUGGAUUGUAUCAAUACCUCGGUAGCGAUGAAUCGAUUGCUGACCUCGUAGAUGAAGGCAAGCAGUUCAUCAGAAGAGAAAAGAGGAAACUGCAGAAAUGCCGGGAUGUUGGAAGCAGAAAAUGGGCAUGGCAGCAGCGACACAACAAUCCCAAAUCACUGCAGAAUAGAAACGUCACUUCCUCUGAGGAGGAAGAUGAUCAGCGGAGGUGUUUACUUCAAAAUGAUACAGAAGAUGAAAGUGCCUCCAACAAAAGCAGAACCCCUGGUGGACGAUACCACAGUUUGUCAGCUUCAUCGAGUGGAGUGCUUGAUCCUGUUUGACAUGGACACGAUAUGAGAGGAGCAAAAGACCCGCAACAAAACUCAGGAAGUUUUAUUGCACAGACAAUUUAUAUUUAUUAUGCUCUUUUAUCAUUCUGUACUUUACUUUAAAAAUGACAAUUGUGAUAUUUCUCCUUGGCUGAAAUAUUUAAGUUUUCAGAUAUCAAUCUAUACUGGUGCAGAAAUGUGAAACUUGUUAGAUAU